UUCAGGAACAACAACACGGCUACUCUUUCAACCACCCCGGUAGCUUGCUAGCCAACAUAAAACUGAAAGAUUGACGUUUUAGACCAUGUUUGUGUACAUUAGCUAAUCCCAGUGUUUUAAACAAAUUUCGGUUGACGUAUCAACUGCUUAACUUUAACCGAAUUUGCUUGUUCAAUUUGCAAACUUGUUAAAGAUUGAUACUGAGCCUAGCACUAGGCUAGUCGCUAAUGCUACCUAGCUAGCUAACAUCCCUGACAAUGAGCACACCAAACUACUCCUCCCUUGCUAAUGACGAGGGGGUCUGCUGUACGGAGAAACAAUCUUUCAGAAUGAAAAAGGAGGAAGAGGAGGCUGUUAUAGUGAUAGAAGAGAAAGCACCUUUUAGAGAGGAAGAGGAUGCUAUCUCAGUAAAGGUGAAGGAGGAAGACGUUUUGGGAGUGAAAGAGGAGACAGAAGAUCCGAUUAACACCAGAGAGAGACAUGACUAUCGUGGAUCCUCUGGGGAGCCUCAACAACAUCCUGAUGCUGACGAGUCAGAGAAGAGUCUCUCCAGAUCAGAACACCAGAUGGUACAGGACAACACUAGCCCUUCCUCCCUCCCGGAGUCCCCGUGUCGUGCCUCUCCCGGUAGCACCUUACUGCUGGGUAUGAAGAGGUUGUCUGUGCAGCUGGUGGACUGCAGGAAAACAACGGGGCUGAGUGGAACUGUGAGAGGAGGAGGAGAGAAGAAAGGAUCAGAUUUGACUCAUCAAAGAGAGAGAUGUGACUAUCAUGGAUUCUCUGGGGAGCCUCAACAACAUCCUGAUGCUGACGAGGCAGAGAAGAGUCUCUCCAGAACAGAACACCAGAUGGACAACGCUAGCCCUUCCUCCCUCCCGGAGUCCCCGUGUCGUGCCUCUCCCGGUAGCGCCUUACUGCUGGGUAUGAAGAGGUUGUCUGUGCUGCUGGUGGACUGCAGGAAAACAACAGGGCUGAGUGGAACUGUGAGAGGAGGAGACGAGAAGAAAGGAUCAGAUUUGACACAUCAAAGAGAACGACCAGACUCAGAGGAACCAGAGCCAGGGACAUCCAAACCAGCAAGACGACACCAGUGCUCCCACUGUAGAAAGAGUUGUAACCGGUUAUGGGACCUGAAACAACAUGAGAGAAUACACACAGGGGAGAAGCCUUACCACUGCUCACAGUGUGGAAAGUGUUUCAAAAUGUCACGGGACCUGAAACGACAUGAGAGAAUACACACGGGAGAGAAGCCUUACCACUGCUCCCAGUGUGGAAAGCGUUUCAGACAGCCAGGGCAUCUGAAACAGCACGAGAGAAUACACACAGGGGAGAAGCCUUACCACUGCUCCCAGUGUGGAAAGUGUUUCAGACAGCCAGGGCAUCUGAAACAGCACGAGAGAAUACACACAGGGGAGAAGCCUUACCACUGCUCCCAGUGUGGAACGUGUUUCAAAAUGUCACGGAACCUGAAACGACAUGAGAGAAUACACACGGGAGAGAAGCCUUACCACUGCUCCCAAUGUGGAAAGUUUUUCAACUGGCCAGGGGAGCUGAAACGACAUGAGAGAAUACACACCGGGGAGAAGCCUUACCACUGCUCCCAGUGUGGAAAGUGUUUCAACCAGUCAGGGGAGCUGAAACAACAUGAGAGAAUACACACAUGGGAGAAGCCUUACCACUGCUCCCAGUGUGGAAAGUGUUUCAAAAUGUCACGGGACCUGAAACGACAUGAGAGAAUACACACGGGAGAGAAGCCUUACCACUGCUCCCAAUGUGGAAAGUGUUUCAACCGGUCAGGGGAGCUGAAACAACAUGAGAGAAUACACACAGGGGAGAAGCCUUACCACUGCUCCCAAUGUGGAAAGUGUUUCAACUGGUCAGGGGAGCUGAAACGACAUGAGAGAAUACACACCGGGGAGAAGCCUUACCACUGCUCCCAGUGUGGAAAGUGUUUCAGCCAGUCGGGGGGGCUGAAACAACAUGAGAGAAUACACACCGGGGAGAAGCCUUACCACUGCUCCCAGUGUGGAAAGUGUUUCCGCCAGUCAGGGGAGCUGAAACAACAUGAGAGAAUACACACGGGAGAGAAGCCUUAUCACUGCUCCCAGUGUGGGAAGUGUUUCAAACAGGCAGGGCAUCUGAAACGGCACGAGAGAAUACACACAGGGGAGAAGCCUUACCACUGCUCCCAGUGUGGAAAGUGUUUCAACCAGUCAUGGGAGCUGAAAGGACAUGAGAGAAUACACACAGGGGAGAAGCCUUACCACUCCUCCCAGGGUGCAAAGCUUUUGCCCAUUUCCCCGACCAUGAGUUCACUAAACUACUCCUCCCCUGCUAAAGAAGAGGAGGUCUGCUGGACGGAGAAAGAAGCUCUGGCGCUGAACAUUGUCGUGAAAGAAGAAGAGGAGGGUAUUACAGUGAAAGGAGAGAAAGAACCUUUCAGAAUGAAAAAGGAGGAAGAGGAGGCUGUUAUAGUGAAGGAGGAAGAGGCUGUUAUAGUGAAGGAAGAAGAGGCUGUUAUAGUGAAGGAAGAAGAGGCUGUUAUAGUGAAGGAAGAAGAGGCUGUUAUAGUGAAGGAAGAAGAGGCUGUUAUAGUGAAGGAAGAAGAGGCUGUUAUAGUGAAGGAAGAAGAGGCUGUUAUAGUGAAGGAAGAAGAGGCUGUUAUAGUGAAGGAAGAAGAGAAAGAACCUUUCAGAAUGAAAAAUGAGGAGGAAGAGGAGGCUAUCUCAAUAAAGGUGAAGGAGGAAGACGUUUUUGGAGUGAAAGAGGAUGAGACAGAAGAUCCGAUUAACACCACAGGAGAGAGACGUGACUAUGGUGGAUCCUCUGGGGAGCCUCAACAACAUCCUGAUACUGACGAGUCAGAGAAGAGUCUCUCCAGAACAGAACACCAGAUGGACAACACUAGCCCUUCCUCCCUCCUGGAGUCCCCGUGUCGUGCCUCUCCCGGUAGCACCUUACUGCUGGGUAUGAAGAAGUUGUCUGUGUUGCUGGUGGACUGCAGGAAAACAACGGGGCUGAGUGGAACUGUGAGAGGAGGAGAAGAGAAGAAAGGAUCAGAUUUGACUCAUCAAAGAGAAAGACCAGACUCAGAGGAACCAGAGCCAGGGACGUCCAAACCAGCAAGACGAUACCAGUGCUCCCACUGUAGAAAGGGUUGUAACCGUUUAUGGGACCUGAAACAACAUGAGAAAAUACACACAAGGGAUAAGCCUUACCACUGCUCCCAGUGUGGAAAGAGUUUUAAGCUUUUAGGAACCCUUAAAGCUCAUGAGAGAAUACACACAGGGGAUAAAAUACACACAAGGGAGAAGCCUUACCACUGCUCCCAGAGUGGAAAGAGUUUUAACCAGAAAGCACACCUGAAAGCCCAUGAGAGAAUACACACAGGGGAGAAGCCUUACCACUGCUCCCAGUGUGGAAAGUGUUUCAAACAGCCAGGGCAUCUGAAACGGCAUGAGAGAAUACACACAGGGGAGAAGCCUUACCACUGCUCCCAGUGUGGAAAGUGUUUCAACCAGUCAGGGGAGCUGAAACAACAUGAGAGAAUACACACAGGGGAGAAGCCUUACCACUGCUCCCAGUGUGGAAAGUGUUUCAAACAGCCAGGGCAUCUGAAACGGCAUGAGAUAAUACACACAGGGGAGAAGCCUUACCACUGCUCCCAGUGUGGAAAGUGUUUUAGCCAGUCAGGGGAGCUGAAACGGCACGAGAGAAUACACACAGGGGAGAAGCCUUACCACUGCUCCCAGUGUGGAAAGUGUUUUAGCCAGUCAGGGGAACUGAAACAACAUGAGAGAAUACACACAGGGGAGAAGCCUUACCACUGCUCCGAGUGUGGAAAGUGGUUCAGCCAGUCAUGGGAGCUGAAACGGCACGAGAGAAUACACACAGGGGAGAAGCCUUACCACUGCUCCCAGUGUGGACAGUGUUUCAAACAGUCAAGGGAGCUGAAACAACAUGAGAGAAUACACACAGGGGAUAAGCCUUACCACUCCUCCCAGGGUUCAAAGCUUUUGCCCAUUUAGGAAGCCUGAAAGAACACAUUAGACUGCACACAGAGCGGAGAAUGCUUACAGAAGCCCAGACUGUGGGAAAACAUAUUACUCAUAACAGUCACCUAAAUGUCAUUAGAUAAUCCACACAGGAGAGAGAAAUUACUUCUCUUAGCGUGUAUAUUGAUAUUUCACAUCACAUUGACUUAAAAUUCCUCAGAGAACAUACACAGCUCCUGUUGUCUUAUUGUUGACUGAUAAUGUGUUUACCUGUUUUCACCAUAUGAAAUUGUUUCUUCCAAUUAUUGAUAAUACCUGUUAAGAAGCUGAUUGUUAGAACUGUUAAGGAAUUAAAAAACUGUAUGGUCAUUGGCAAAAAUAGAAAAGAGUAGAGGGCCUGGAAAGAGUUUUAACCAGAAAGGACACCCAAUCCAAUACACACAGGGGUGAAGCCUUACCACUGCUCCCAGUGUGGAAAGGGUUGUAACCAGUUAAGGGACCUGAAAACACAUGAGAGAAUACACAUAGGGGAGAUGUCCUACCAUUGCUCCCAGUUUGGAAAGCGGUUUACAAUAUUAGGGACUCUGAGAAUACAUGAGAGAAUACAUACAGGAGAAAAGCUGUACCACUGUUACCAGUGUGGAAAGAGUUUUUCCAACUUAUGUCAACUGAAAACACAUAAGCGAAUACACACAGUCGAGAAGCCUUACCACUGCUCCCAGUGUUCAAUGCAUUUUAACAAAUUAGGAAGCCUUAAAUAACACACAAGACUGCACACAGAGGAGAAGGCUUACAAAAUGCUCAGAAUGGGAAAACAUAUUACUCAUCACAGUCACUUAAACAUCAUGAGAGAAUCCACACAGAAGAGAAGAAUUACUUGUAUAUUGAUAUUUCACAUCACAUUGACUUAAAAUUCAUCAGAGAACAUACACAGUGCUCCCAUUGUCUUAUAUUGUUGACUGAUAAUGUGUUUACUUGUUUUUACCAUAUGAAAUUAAAUGGUACAAGGUAUACUCAAACAUAUAUUUGUUUGUUUUUAUUAGAAAACAUGAAUUUAAUAUGGAGUAUGUCAGUUUGAAUAUAAAGAAGAUCAGGUUCCUUGUUUUAAAUGGUCCUUUUUUAAAACUCUUUGUGUGUUUAUCUGGGUGUGUCAUUCCUCCAGCACUACAGAUAAUCAAUUUAUAUUUGGAUGUGAUGCAUUUGCUCCAUUGUUGACAUUUGCAUUUUUGGCCCACUGAUGAUUUAAUGACAUGAAAAUGUUCAGACUCUGUAAUGGAAAACGUUAAUUGUAUGUGUCCACAUAACUGAGUAUGUGACUAACCUUGUGAAACUGUCCUAUUAUAAUCUCCUGUUCCUGGGAGUAUCAUUCUGUGUUGCAAACCAGCUGCACCUGUGUCCUUGUAUGAAUAAAGUCCCUCCCAGGAACAGGAAACUAUAAAGAUAUGUGCUCAUCACCCAAUGCUUCAGAAUUCAGACUGUCUACACUGCGCUGUGUAACUCUGUUAUUCUCUCUGAGCUCAGAAAUAAAUAAUCUUGGUUUGA